GUUGUGUGUUGUGUGUUGUGUGUUGUGUGUUUUUACCUGUAUGUUUGUGCUUCCAUUGCUGUCCACGCCGCUCACUGUUUACCUCCAACACCACACGUCGCUUCAUUUUCCCGCCGCCUCUCACCUCUCACCUCGCUGCCCGAUCAAUCCACCACCUCGUCCACACACUCAACGACAACCACCAUGGCCCUGGCACAACGCACCCGCGUCAACCUCUCCACCUCCAAGGCACGCACGGAAACACGCCAGCAGACCGGCACGUUCUCCGCCCUCUUUCCGGAGCAAGGCAUCAAAGAUGCAACACUCUCUGCGCACUGCAUGAAGAAGCUGCUCGUCGUGGGCGUGUCAUCCAUCGCCUAUCUGCGCAACAUGUUCCCAAACUCGGCAUUUGGCGACCGCGCCAUCGAGGACAUGAGCCUGAAGAUUCUUCGUGAGCGCAGCCAAUCGCCCGAAGCGUGCCAAGUCGUGGCGUGGCUCAAGAACAUCUUCCCUGCCAUCGAGAACCGCUACGUGAACAAGGUCGUUGUUGGCGUUUACGACGGAUCGGCCGACGCCGAGAAUCUCACGCAGGAUGAUUUGAUUGAGGCGCACACGUUCAAGUUCGGCAGCAUCAACCAGGACGACUACAUCAAGAUCACGACGUCGAAGAAUCAGACGUUGAAGCUGCCGACCUCUGCGGAGUUCAAGGCCAACACCCUCGGCAUGCUGCGCACCCUUCUCAUGGCCACGCAGACCCUCGACAAGCUUCCAGAGGUGUGCCUGCUCGCACUCAAGGUCUACUACGACGAAUCCGUGCCUGAGGACUUUACGCUGGAAGGGUUCGAGGAGGCGACGGGGCCCCAUCACCAAAGCAGUAACAGCGGUGGCGGUGAUCCGUUUUCUGUUCCGCGUCAGCACCGCGUGAAGAUUGACGUUGGCGGUACGGCCACACACCACGACGCCCUCAAGGUGUACGUGCAGACGAACAAGAACAGGUUUGAGACGACCGCUGACUGCGACGAGGACGAGGAAGAUGGGAACGAAGUCGCAACUGACGCCGACGAUGCAAUGGACGAGACGGCAGACGCUGCCAAUGAUGACAGUGACGUGAGCGGCAGCAGCAACAACAACUACGGCAUCAACAACAAGAAGACGAAGAAGAAGGACGAGGCGCAGCGUAAUGUGAAGACGAACACAGCCAGCAACACAGACGAGCGCGAAGGCGAGGAGGACCAGGAGGAACCGAACGAACAGCAACAGAAAACCCAGACGACCACCACCAACAAACGCAGCGGCAGCAGCAAGGCGAAGGCAAAGACGAAGACGAAGGACUCGAAGAAGACCACGAACACACGCGAUCCGUUUGGAUUCGAUGAGACGCUGGAGAAGGAGGAGAAGGCACGCAGCACCACAACCGCCAACAAGAGCAAGAGCAAGAGCGAUGAUGGUGGUGAUGAUGCUGUGGAGGAUGAAGGGGUGAUUUACAGCCAGGAAAAGACCAGCAACAGCAACGUCAACGGGGUGGCUGAUGAUCAUGCGGGUGGCGGUGCUGGUGAUGGCGAUGGCAGGAAGAGGGCGCAUCGUGGUGGUCGGCACGCCAAACGCAGCGCUCGCGAUCAGCAGGACGACGACAUCGACAACGACAUUAACAACGACAAUGACAAGAUCACUACCACCACGAGCACCAAUGGCGAGGACGAUGAGGAUGGUGCUGAUGGGAGCGCAACCCCGCCGUCGAAGAAGGCAAACCUGCUGUUGUCGAAGAAGAAGAAGAGCGCAGCAGUCGCCCGCGCACGCCAGGCGCUGCCGUCCAUCACCCGCGCGUCACGCACGAGCACACGCACCACCCGCGCAAGCACGCGCUCAAGCAAGGGAGGCACAAGUACCGGUCAGCGUGAUGGUGGUACUGGCACCAGGGCAACGAGGAAGAAGGGCGAGCGUGUGCUGCGGGCGACGGCGCAGAAGGAGUCUGAAUUUGACGCCUACGAAUUCUGCGAUUCCCAGGACGAAACAGGGCUGCAGCUGCAGGGCAAGAGGAGUAAGCGCCGGUCCACCGUUGUCAAGCGUCCGGUUCGCGUCAACACCAGGACACGCACACGAUCAUGACAAGGCAACUCCUCGCAGCACGCUCUUAUUCCUACCUGCACCUGUGCUUUUUCUUCUUGUUCUUCUUGUUCUUCUUGUUCUUC